UAUAAUGCGGUGUCGCGUAUGGCACUUGAGAUUGCAUCAUAUCAUUUUUGCCCUUGGACACUUCACCCUUGGACCAUGACGAUACCACAGCUCUCGCUGUCGGCAGAUUUCCAGUCCAUCAUGCUGCUUCCAUUCCAAGCCGUGAUGGCAGCUUUUUCAGCUCUUCCAAGCAACGAUGCGUCGCUAAGAGCUGUAGCCUACCGGUAUUAUGCAAGCGGCUUGGAGCGCCACCAGGCUCAGUUUCAUCGGCUUGUUCCGUGGCAGAAGCACCAGCAUCCAGUAUCUCUUUUAAACCUCCUUCUUAUGUCCAUGGCGCUAUUAGAAUUUGAGAUGAUGGCACCCCUCGGUAUGGACUCCUGGCUUUCCCAUGCCCAUGGCGCCCUCAGCCUCCUAGAGCAAGCUGGGCCCCAAGGCUGCCAGGUAUCGCCAUUCUUUGAGAUAUUUUGGCAGCUGCGCUUUCUCAUGUCGUACAUUGCGCUAUCUACUCGCAAGACGUCACUCCUUGGGACUCGAGAUUGGAUGGAGAUACCCUUUCUCCAUCGUGGCAAAACUGAAUUCGACCGUGUCAUUGAUACACUUCUUUUACUAGAUACAAAAUUGAUAAAAGGAGAUGAUUGGGACACCAAAACAGGCGAACCGGAAAAAAGCAGCAAAAACUUGAGUGGCAGUUACAGCGCGGAAUCCGCAUCUGUUUCUUCAAACCAAAUUGCUGGCUCUGAGCAGAUAAUUCGUCUUCUCAUAAACUUACGAGAGCUUGUAUCUGCACACCAAGCCGAUAGUCCUGAGAGACAGAUCGCUCUAUCGACAGCUAUCCUCGAAGAUUCGAAGCUCUUAAUGAGCAAGCCCUUUUUGCCGUUUAACGUGUCAUUGCAAGUCAUAGCUGCAGUGAAUUUAGUGGUUCAAUACGCGCCUGACUCUGUACAAAGACAAGACGCAGCGCAGCUGUAUGCUGACUGGCAUGGACGUCUUUUGUUAUUGGCGUGA